AUGGAAGACGAAACCAAUUCAGGAUCAUCAGGAACUGCAUCAUGAUUCAGUGAAAAAAACUCAUCAAACCUCGAAAGGCCAAUGGACAAAGAAAAAUGAAAAAGCGAAAAAAGAUGCCAAAUCUGCAAUGCCCAAUUUGGGGUCGUAGGUGUAGUUUACACAAAAAAACAAUGCUGCAAAUUUUGCUAUAAAGCAGUCUGUGACAAAUGUUCAGCACAAAAAUCAAUGCAUCCUGAAACAAAUACCCAAGAAAGAAUCUGCAGCAGCUGCUAUAAUGCAGCUCUGGAAAAUAGGUUUUCAGAAAGCAUGAGUAAUGAAGUUUUAAAAAAUCAGGCACAAAAAGAAGAAUUAGAGAUUAAAUUAGAACAAGAAACCAGAAGGAAAAACGAAAUUAUCGCAAAAAGGAAAAUGCUGGAAGAAAAACUGAAUAAUUGUGAGGCGGAGUUUUCGAAAAAGAAUUCUGAAAUGAUGUCAAGACUAAAUGAGCUGGAAAGGAAUAAAGGAGAUUUACUAAUACAGCAGGAAGAUUUAAAAGAAAAAAAAAGUGAGGUGGAAGAUAGAAUUAAGCUAAAAGAUGAGAAAAGAAUUAUGCUGACUACGAGGAUUGAAACAAUUAAUAAAGAAGUGGCUGAGAAGAAAAAUGAGCUAGCAGAGGCAAAAAAUAAAUUAGAGGAGUAUCAAAAUGAAGGGGAAAAGUUAGAAUUGAGGCUGCAGGAAUUGUCGAGCUAUUUGGAAAGCCAUGAAGAGUCUGACUCUGAAGAUGAAAAAAUGAUGGUGAAGCUGGGGAAAUUGGAAGAAAGGGAAAAAUUGGAAAUGGAAGAAAAUCAAGCGCUGAAAAAUGAGCUAGGGGAGCUAAAAGGUGAAGUGGAGAUGAAAAAGGAGAAACUGAAAAGUGCGAAAGACAAAUAUUUAAAGAGAGAGGUGUCGAGAUCAUCGGAAAAAGGCUUGUUUGCAUUAAGCCAAGAGGAAGAGGAUAAUAUAAGAGAACUUAAAGCACAAUUAAAAGAGCAGCACUCUCUUAUAGAGAGACUAAGAUAUGAGCUUGAAAAAUCCAAAGAGAAACACGUAGCAAGGAAAAAAAGAAGAUAA